CACCUGCGUAUCUUGUUUUAAACUAUACGUAAUUAUGUACUGUUUGUAAAAGAGCAGCGUAUAAAUAAUGACAUAGAGAUUCAUGUAAUGCCAGCAAUCUUUGAUACAAGAAAGUAAUAAUGACAUCGAAGUCAUGCUGCUCUUAAAAUGAGUUUUCCAUAGUUUGCAUAUCAGUUUCAUAUAAAGUAUGUCCACAGCUGUUUUUUUUUUAUAUAUUGCAACAUUUUAAUUCAAGUUAUUCCUUGUCUUCGUGCACGACUUCGAACGCGGCAGUUGGAAAGGAUGCUGACUAAGGUCGACUGAGAAGGUGACCCAAAGUAAAUUGCUUUAUAGAUUUCUUAGAACUUCUUUUCCUAUGGUUUUACAGGCAGGAAGCUUUACAUGAAUAUUUUAGACCAACCGAUGAUCGUCUUGUUUUGAAAAAAAAAAAAAAAAUGGAAUUACUUAAAGUUUUACUCGUGGUUUACUGCAUCAUUUUUCUAUUCAACGUAAUCGGAAACUCCCUUGUGAUCUACAUCAUCUGGAAAAAACAAAGUUCACAAAGAACAUCCACAGACUAUCUGAUGCUGAAUAUGGCCGGAGCAGAUCUUAUAUUCGGAGUUUUUGUACUUAUUCUUCAGUUUUUAAUUUUUUCGAUAUUAUUUAUACCAAACUCUUAUAAAAUCAUCUUCGACGAUGUACUAUUUUGUCGUUUAUUUACAACUGGUGACAUUGCUCUUGCCGCACAUGUCGAUUCUACAUUCACUAUGUUAAUUUUGUCGGUCGAGAGAUAUUUUGCUGUAUGUCGACCUCAUAGUUUCAAGAAGUGGUUUUCCAAAAGAAAUGUUAAAUUCAGUGUUGUACUUUGUUGGAUUUUAUCCCUUGCGAUGGUCUUGCCUAGAAGCAGCGGACAGAGUUGCUCCUCAUGGUCUAGAGACUUAGUUAAGACUCUUUCUGUCAUUUCAAUGGUAUUUUUAAUGGUGACAUUGUUAAUUAUUGCAGCUUUAUCAGUAAACAUUUACCUGACUUUGUGGUGGAAGCACACUACAAUUCAACCAACAGCGGCUAGAGAGAUACAGGAGAGAAAGAUGAAGAAGAGAGUGACACUUUGUGUACUAGCUGUCAUCGUAACGUACAUAUUCCUCAACAUUCCGCUUUAUAUCUGUUAUGUUCUGUACGUUUUUCACUUGAUCACCGAAUUAGAAACAGUUGUAAAACUCGCUCAUAUAACAAUAUUUUUAAGCUUUAUAAAUUCAUCACUUGACCCGUACAUGUACAGCUUCCAAAACCAAAGAAUGAGAAAAUUAUUCAAAGCGAUCUUCACGUGCAAGGAGCGGGAAGAUCUUACCCAGGAACAAACUCUCGGACAAUAGAUUCAGUAAGCAAUCGCAGUUGGAAAAUGAUCGGGAAUAUAUAUUCUUUUUUAUAAAGCACAGGAUGGGAAGUCGACAAAGAAGCAGUCUGUUGUUUCAGUUGUAUUUCUGACGGUCAUCUUGAUAUCUUUUUAGUGCUUUCAGUUACAAUCUCAGAGUUAUUGCGGUCAAUUAACUCACCCAACAGCACUUAGGGACAUAUAAGAAAUAAAGAAGAAGAGAUUAACACUACUUGUAGUCACUGUAGCUGGAUAUAUUUUUUUGUCUUUCCAAUAAGUUAUCUGGUAUGUUCUGAUUGUUUUGUAGUUGGUCAAUUGGAAGAUUGUCUUGCCUAUGCUAUUGUAUUGACCUUUGUACAUUCCACAAUUGAACCGUAUAUUUUAAGCUUCCAAAGCCAAAAGGACGAGGAAAAUAUCAAGACAUUCGUCUUGUGCAAAACAGGAGAUCAAAGGUAGAGACAAGUUCGUCAUGAACAGGUCACAAUCAAUAAUUGAGACUAUUAAAAGAGAAUCUAGCCUGCGUAUCCAGGCGUUCCUAGCCGCUCCGAGAGAGUUUGGGCCGGAGAAACCCUUCUUAUUUGGUUGCGUUGUCAAUGGUAAUGCAAUUGGAAACAAUUUCUGCUGCAAGAAGAAAUGAUUAGAUAUGCUUCUCUUUAAAUAAAUUUUGCUGGUAAUAGGAAGUGCUGUAAUCAAUGGUCAAUUUUUCUGGAGCACUCACACAUGUUAUACUAAAUCACUUCUCAACUCAAUAAAGUUAGAUAUUUGGGAUUUUUGUUUGACUUUUAAACUAAAAUGCUGUAUACUAAAUCCAAUGGUAUUGUAUA